UCUCUCUUCAAUCUUAGAAACAGAACUGUUCUCUCUCUUCUCUGCUCUGUCUUUGUUCCCUGAAAUGGUGAGAUUUAUCGAAGACAAUGGCAAAUUGGUGGUGGGGAAGAAGGGACUUAUAACGGAUAAGGAGAUUCUUCAAGAUCUCCAGAUCAACUGCGGAGGUUUAAUCAGUUCUUGGGUCGGUUCCAUGAGAGAUUCUUCUCCAACCCAUCUCAAAUCCUUUGCAAAGCAGUGUUCUUGGAUGACAGAACAUCCAUCAGCUUUGGACACGUUUGAAGAGAUAAUCCAAGCUUCGGACGGAAAGCAGAUCGUGAUGUUUCUUGAUUACGACGGAACUCUGUCUCCCAUUGUCGAUGAUCCUGAUCGAGCUUUCAUGUCCAAGAAGAUGAGAAGAACGGUGAGGAAUCUUGCGAAAUGCUUUCCUACGGCCAUAGUGAGCGGUAGAUGCAGGGAGAAGGUUUAUAAUUUUGUGAAAUUGACCGAGUUGUACUACGCCGGAAGUCACGGCAUGGACAUCAAAGGGCCAGAGAAAGAAUCCGAAUGCAUGAACAAUGAAUCCCUUCUCUGCCAACCCGCAACCGAGUUCCUCCCGAUGAUCGACGAGGUUUACAAACAAUUGGUCGAGAAAACGAAAUCGACUCCCGGAUCCAAGGUCGAGAACAACAAAUUCUGCGUCUCUGUGCACUUCCGAUGCGUCGACGAAAAUAUGUGGAAUGAGUUGGCUCAGCAAGUCCGGUCAGUCUUGAAGGACUACCCUAAGCUCCGGCUCACUCAAGGGAGAAAGGUAUUGGAGAUUCGUCCAAUCAUCAAAUGGGACAAAGGCAAAGCGCUGGAGUUCCUGUUGGAGUCACUCGGAUUUGCCAACUGUGCAGACGUUUUCCCCCUCUAUAUUGGAGAUGACCGUACGGACGAAGAUGCAUUUAGGGUAUUGAGAGAAAAAGGGCUAGGUCUUGGCAUUCUUGUCUCCAAAUUUCCAAAGGAGACCAAUGCUGCUUAUUCUCUGCAAGAACCCGAUGAGGUUAUGGAUUUUUUGCAACGCUUAGUAGAAUGGAAUCAACUGAGAUGCGGGGCAUGAAGACUGCUGUCCGUACAAGAGACUCUUAUCUGAGUGCUUAUAUAGAUUCGAACGUGAUUGUGAAAAAAGAAAAUGUAAAGAAAGUGUAACAAACUAGGGAGAAAAUCAAAUUGAACUCGUGAUUUGAGUCCUUAUUUCUACAUAAGAAUUUUAUGCUUGUCUG